GCAGUGAAACUGAGUGAAAGUCUACGAUGUGGGUCUGUUCCUUGCUCUUUGGCAAAAUGAAGUUACUAGUAAUACUCUUUUUCUGCUACUUUUAACUUGCAGCAUUUUAAUGGAUUUCGUGUAAACUGAACAUUAGCGAGGUUUGGGACGAAACCGCUCUCAAAAUGAUGCUGUCAAGGCAAAAGCCGGCCACCGGGCCUGGCUCCUCGACUCCAGCCCAGGAGAGCAAGAAGAAGAAACAGCUGCCCAAGCUGGAAGAAUACCUGGAUUGCAGGGACUACACCGGCGCUUUUACAUCACUAGAGAUGGGCCAGUUCUACUAUGCGGCCAAGGCUUUCGAUGUCCUGGAAAGAUUGGACCCCAAUCCUGAAUACUGGGAAGGCAAGCGAGGGGCGUGUGUGGGCGUAUUCCAGCAGAUCAUAGCUGGUCAUGAACCAAGGGAAACACUGCGAGACAUCCUUCAAAUCUUGCGCAACACCGGUAACCCGCAGGUGGAAUACAUCAUCCGUGUCAUGAAGAAGUGGGCCAAGGACAACAGGGUACCAGUUUCCUGAGCUGAGGAAGUCCCUCUCCUAGUCUUGACUAGAUUGUUUAAAUGUGUACAUUCCAAACCCCUGCUUCACAAAGGGAUUUUUCCAAAAAUAAAACAAAAGAACAAUACUGUUUGUAUCAAAGUGAUUUGAUCUUCACAUAGGAAUGUUGCCUUGAAAUAUGUAUAUUUCUUUUAUAUUAGCACUAUUUCAAACAGUCUGAUCUUUAA